CACAUCGUGGACGAGUGUGAGCAAAAAAUAAUAUAUAUACUUAUAUAUAAAAAAAAAAAAAUAUUAGAUAAUAAAAACGCACAGGCUCGUGACGCAAAGCUAAUCCCAACUACAACAGCGCAAAUCCUGUGCACAACUAAAAUAACAACAACAGCAAUUCACCUGCAGGCGCACCUGUGUCGACAACAACAACAACAACAAAAACCAGAACGCCCACAUAAUGACCAUGACUGCCGACAGGAAUCAGGCUCAGGUUCAGGCUCAGGCUCAGGCUGAGGCUCCGGCUUUGGCAACGGCUCCCACUUUGGCCCGGUCACACAGGUUGCAAUUGUCGCUGCCGCUGCCGCUGCUGCUGGCGCUGAUGAUGCUGCUGCUCCUGCUGGUGCCGCCGCAGCCGUGCGAGAGCCGAUACCUGCCGACAAGGUCGCACGGCGACGAAUUGGACAAGCUGCGCGAGCUGAUGCUCCAGAUUUUGGAGUUGAGCAAUGAGGAUCCACAGCAACAACAACAACAGUCACACCAAAUGCGUCUGCACAAUGAGGCCAACAAUCCGCUGACCGCUCAGCGUGCCAGCGGCAGCUCGAAUGCCGCCUGGCUCCAGAAGCUGGGCGCCAUGGGCGCACUUGACACCGAGGGCGGCUAUGGGCGCUACUAAGACCCAAAUCGCCAACAAUUAAACCAUACGCGACGACCCCGAUUAAAACUUACAAACAAAAAAUAAAUACAAAAAUCGAGAAAAAAAAUUCCAGGAAUGCAAAAAAACCAUUUGAAAUGCCAAAUUUUUUUAACGAAAACGAUCUGGUUCCAAUUUGAAUAGAAAUUUACGUAAGCCAGCCAAUUAAGAGCGAACUAGUUCCAAAAGAAGAAGUUUAGUAAGUUGAAAGCGAACUGGUUUCAAAAAGUAAUUUUUAAAUUAAAAAAAUCAAAACUGAACUGGUUUUAAAUUAAAGAUAUUUUUAAAAGCUACCAUUGUAAACAAUAGCUCACACAUAUUUUAAGCGAGCAAUUUUACGAACUAGCUCAAAAUUGAAACAAUUUUUAAGUUAAGCCAAUUGCAAAGUUAGUUAUUUCAGUUAGUUAUCAAUUAAAAGCCAAAUGGUUCCAAAUUAAAGCUUUUUCUUGAACCAAUUUCAAAGUUCAUUUUAAUCAUGCACAUUAAAAGCGAACCAGUUCAAAAUUGAAACUAAAUAAAUUAAACCAAAUUUUAAAAAGAAUUCAAUUAAAUUAAAAGAACUUCUUCCACGUUAAAGGUACUUUCAUUAAAAGCUACUUUCGUGAAAAAUAAUUCCACCCUAUUUAAAGCUGAGUUCAUUUUACUCUGUUUUUAAAAGCGAACUACUUCAAAGUUAAAGCUAAUUUUAAAGAUAUUUUAAAUCAAUUAAAAGCAAACUGGUUCCGAAUUGAGAUCAAUUUUAAAAAGUUACCUACGUAAUAAACAGCUCGAACCAGAAACAGAGUUCUUUUUACAAUCAGCCGGUUUAAAAUUAAAAUAAAUUCUGCAAAAAGCAAAUCAAGUAAAUUCCUAAGGGAAAUGUAUUAAACGAAAGUUGAUCUAACUUUUGGCUCUGUUCUUAUAGGCAUUUCAGAUUGUUUUGACAUUCCGGAACGAAAGAAAAUGACAAAAACUCAACGGUUUUAGAGCGCAAGCAAACUGAACUCAAAAGAACUCCUAACAGUUCCUAUUAAAAGAACAAUAAUUUUUAAAAUUUUACGAUUAAUCAAAAAGAAAAAAUCAAAAAAAAAUAUAUAUAUAUAUAUAUGAUAUAUGUAUACACUAUAUACUGUACAAGUGUGAGUUGCUGAGUAAUUAAAAUUAUUUAUAAAAUGAUAUAUAUAGAUAUAUUCCUGUAUACAUGUUCUUUCAACUUUGUAUUGUGGUUGCCAGAUUCUGUUGCAUGUUAACCGAGGCGAAGUAGAGUCAAUUGUAAAUAUGUAAUCCCCGUCCCUGAAAGCAUAAAACUGGUGUGUUUUUAAUGGGCCCCAAGGCUGGGCAAAUAAAUAUAAAUUAUGAGCAUAUUACUACCCAACUACCACAAAUUAAAAUGCCGACGCUUCCAUAACGCA